UCCUCAAUUUACCAUAAACCCUUUUUAAUUUAAGUUUAUUUUUUCCUAAUUACAGUCUAAAUAUACUAUAGUAAAUUUUUUAAUUUUCAUGUAAAAUUUAAAAAAUUCUUUUCAAUUUUCAAUGAUAAAAUUUAUCAAUGUAUAGAGUACUCAAAAGUCAUUCUAUUAAAAUAUUAAAAGACAUUCUAAAUAUUCAAAUCUCUCCCUCUCCAUUACCCUCACCUCUGUCCUCAUUGCCAUCUGCGGAGCCAACACCAACGUCGCUUCUGUCUGGUUCUGUUCAACACGGGAAAAAGUUUCUCUCCACCGUCCCAAAAAGAUUAUUUGGCCAGGUCGAGGUUAACCUUUAUGUAAUCCGACAAUGGGUAUGCGGAGAAGUUAUGCAAGCACUAGCUUAUGACGUGUUGAUUCUUGGAUAUCAGACCAAGAACACCAUCAGCCUUCGCCUCUGGGAACCGAAAGCGUACGCGGAUGAUUUUGAUUUGUCUACAUUCAAUGGUGGGCAACUUGAACCUGCUUCAGUUCUUCACUCACGAGCAAAACAUAUUUGCUCGUUUUUGUAUCCUGGUGAUGCCACAAAAUGUGGGAUACUCCUACGGCCGAAGCAGCAUUACUUUCUCUAUAGUGCAUCGCUUCAUGUGUGGUUUUUGCAUAAGAGUACUUUGACGAUACAAUGGCCUGAAUACAUGUUGAUCCUGAGGAAGAACUCUGAUAGAUGUCUCAAGAAGUCUAUGGCGGUGUAGAAGCAGUAUUAAACAGUUUAGCUACUAAUGUACCAAAGUUGAAAAAGCUAAAGAAGACACGUUGAAUCAAUUAUAUACCUCUAUCAGGUACAAGAGCUUACAAAGUUCUUGGUAGAGUUAUGAGAGCUUAUGGAGAUGUCAAUUGAUCAGCAAUAAGCCUUUAGCCAUGUUACUAGAUUAAUUUCAGCAUCAUUUGACAAAGUGUCAAUUCGAGGAUGCCUUUCUAAUGAUGUCAUUAAGCAGGUUGAGGUUGAAGUUCAACGCUUAAAUAUUUUAAAAGAUAAUAAGAUGAAGGAAUUAGUGUUUAAAAGACAAUAUGAGCUUGAAGAAGUUUACGUAUGAGUUUAUAUGGAUGUGGAUAAUGAAGCAGCUAGACAAAUUAUGAUCGGCCGCAUAGAAUCUGAGUUCAACUAGAUACAAAUUCUAAUUUGGAAGAGACCAGUUCUUGAAAAGAUCGACAUCAUAAUACCCCAAAGCGUUCUAAAGGCCGCAGUCACUUCUUUUCUACUGACAUACUUCAGGUUUCAUUUGUGUGAAAGUUUCAAAAAUAUAAACCAAGUCAAGUGUUGCAAGUGUUGCAAGUGGUAGCAAGAAGAAUGCCAAAAACUCUACAGAAGUCGUGAGCACUUAUUUUUUUCUUGACAAAAUUGUCUUCCAUCUAAAUUGACAAAAGCAAUGUUUUGAUUUUCAAAAAUAUCAUUUUUGUUACUUUA